AUGCCAUGGCCGCCAGAGUCCGACGAGUGGCACUAUGCCUACGGUGUCCAUGACAGCACCACGGAUGAUAAUCUAGCCGGACACGGGUCAUGCGUAGCAUCGAAAGCCGCUGGGUGGAAAACGGGUGUUUCGAAGAACUCCCAGUUGGUCGUGAUGAAGUCCUUACCGACGCUAGCGGACGUGAACUUCGCUUUCGCCGCAGCCUUGGACGAUACCAUGGAGAAAGAUCGUCAGGGCAGAGCCGUGGUCGUCUAUCCCGCAACGUCGAUACAGACAUUCGGCGCUGGUUCCGUGUUGCCGAGGAACUGGAAAUCGGUGAAUGAGCUCAUCCAGGAGCUUUUCGCCCAGGACGUUGUCGUAGUGACUGGAUCCGGCAACAACGCCGCACGCUCUUCAGCAUUGGACACGGUUCCAGCGAUUUGGGGCUUGGAACCAGACUAUCCCUUGAUAGUCGCCGGGGCUGUAAGAAUAGACGGGACAAUCGCGAGAUUCUCGCAGGGCGCGGCGACUUUGUCAGAGAUCGUUUGGGCGCCAGGAGAGAGUAUCGUUUGUGCCAAUGGACCGUCAUCCCCAGGCUUAGCGGUCAGAAGCGGUACUUCGUUCGCCGCUGCAAUGGUUGCAGGACUUGCCGCAUACGAAUUGACGGGACCCGACCCCCACCCUCCGGGAUCAGUACCUAGCAUCAUCCGCACCAGGCUCCUUGCGAACAGUAGGCCGAUUUCUCCGUUGACAAGACCCAAAGUCAUCUGGAAUGGACAGAACGGGGCGCUCAAUGCACUGCUGAAUAAUUCGACCUCGCAAUCUGCCCUUGUGCAGGAAAUGCCGAACGCGACGCUCAUUUCUGGCACUACGAAUUUGACUGAGGGACAAGCGUCGGACGGCCUCGCCAUCACCAUCACCGCGUACGGCGACUCCCUCGCCGCCAAGUACACCGCCUACAUCCUGAAGGCCCUGCUCGCGAUCCAGCGCGUCAUCCGGAACGCCGGCGGCCCCCACGACGUGCUCGAGGAGACGACGACGGUGGGGAAGAUCGCGGGCGCCGUCUACGCCGAGGUCGGCUUCUACGCCCUGCACGCGCCGGCCGGGAUCGAGCGGGUGCAGGCGGCGGAGGUGCUGCAGAAGGUGUGGGAGCUCGUCUUUGAGUAUUCCCCGGCGAAGGAGAUCACGUCGUCGACGGUUGUGGCGGAGGGGAGGGAGUUGGUGCUGUUUAGGUUGAGCUUUCGUCGGAUAUGA